AUGCAUCGGAUUGCCACCAGAAACGCCGUCGUUUCCUUCGCGUUCCUCUUCCACUCGCCAUUUCGCAGUUACUCUUCCUUCAAUCCCUCGCCACUUCUACUUGGUAAUACAAGGUACUCUGAGAGGAGAUACUGUGUUGGAGAUCGAAAGUCUGUGAAAGGAAUCACUACGGCGGCUAAGAAAUUUAAGAAGUCUAAUGAUGUUCUAAGUGACAAAGAUCUCUCUCAUUUGGUCUGGUGGAAAGAGAGAUUGCAGAAAUGUAAGAAACCAUCUACUCUUCAACUUAUUGAAAGGCUCAUGUUCACUAAUCUAAUGGGUCUUGACCCCAGCCUGAGGAAUGGGAGCUUAAAAGAUGGAAACCUUAACUUGGAGAUGUUGCAGUUUAAGUCAAGGUUUCCACGCGAAAUUUUGCUCUGCAGAGUCGGAGACUUCUAUGAGGCUAUUGGCAUAGAUGCUUGUAUACUUGUUGAGUAUGCUGGUUUAAAUCCUUUCGGUGGUCUUCGUUCAGAUAGUGUUCCAAAGGCUGGCUGCCCAGUUGUGAAUCUUCGACAGACUUUAGAUGACCUAACACGAAACGGUUUUUCAGUGUGUAUUGUGGAGGAAGUUCAGGGGCCAACACCAGCUCGCUCUCGUAAAGGUCGAUUUAUUUCAGGGCAUGCUCAUCCAGGGAGUCCUUAUGUAUAUGGGCUCGUUGGUGUUGACCACGAUCUUGACUUCCCGGAGCCAAUGCCUGUUGUUGGGAUAUCUCGUUCAGCAAGGGGUUAUUGCAUGAUAUCUAUUUUCGAAACUAUGAAAGCAUAUUCGCUAGAUGAUUGUCUAACAGAAGAGGCAUUGGUCACAAAACUCCGCACCUGUCGCUGCCAUCAUCUAUUCUUACAUGUGUCAUUGAGGCACAAUGCAUCAGGGACAUGUCGCUGGGGAGAGUUUGGGGAAGGGGGUCUACUCUGGGGAGAAUGCAGUGGCAAGAAUUUCGAAUGGUUUGAAGGAGAUGCUCUUUCCGAGCUCUUGUCGAAGGUAAAAGAUGUUUAUGGUCUUGAUGAUGAAGUUUCCUUUAGAAAUGUCAAUGUACCUUUAGAGAAUCGGCCACGUCCAUUGCAUCUUGGAACGGCUACACAAAUUGGUGCCUUACCUACUGAAGGAAUACCUUGUUUGUUGAAGGUGUUACUUCCAUCUACGUGCAGUGGUCUGCCUUCUUUGUAUGUCCGAGAUCUUCUUCUAAACCCUCCUGCUUAUGAUAUUGCUCUGAAAAUUCAAGAAACAUGCAAGCUCAUGAGCACAGUUACAUGCUCGAUUCCGGAGUUUACAUGUGUUUCUUCUGCUAAGCUUGUGAAGCUUCUUGAACAAAGGGAAGCCAACUACAUUGAGUUCUGCAGAAUAAAAAAUGUGCUUGAUGAAGUAUUGCAUAUGCAUAGACAUCCUGAGCUUGUGGAAAUCCUCAAGUUAUUGAUGGAACCUACCUGGGUGGCUACUGGUUUGAAGAUUGACUUUGAAACUUUUGUCAACGAAUGUCACUGGGCCUCUGAUUCGAUCGGUGAAAUGAUCUCUCUAGAUGACGAUGAAAGUCAUCAGAAUGUUAGUAGAUGUGAUAAUGUCCCAAACGAGUUCUUUUAUGAUAUGGAGUCUUCAUGGAGAGGUCGCAUCAAGGGAAUCCAUAUAGAGAAAGAAAUCACUCAAGUGGAAAAAUCAGCCGAGGCUUUAUCUUUAGCAGUAACUGAGGAUUUUCAUCCAAUUGUAACAAGAAUAAAGGCCAUCUCCUCAUCACUUGGUGGUCCAAAGGGCGAAAUUGCGUAUUCAAGAGAAAAUGAGUCUGUUUGGUUCAAAGGGAAACGGUUUACUCCAUCUAUUUGGGGUGGUACUGCAGGGGAAGAGCAGAUUAAACAGCUGAAACCUGCUUUAGAUUCCAAAGGGAAAAAAGUCGGAGAAGAAUGGUUUACGACUCAUAAAGUCGAAGCUGCUUUAGUCAGGUAUCAUGAAGCUAGUGAGAACGCAAAUACCCGGGUUUUGGAGCUGUUGAGGGAGUUAUCUGUUAAACUGCAAACAAAAAUAAACGUUCUCGUCUUUGCAUCUAUGCUUCUCGUCAUUGCAAAAGCAUUAUUUGCUCAUGCUUGCGAAGGAAGGAGACGAAAGUGGGUUUUUCCAACUCUUGUUGGAUACAAUACAGAUGAGAGCGCAAAACCAUUACAUGGUGCUGCUCCAAUGAAGCUCACGGGGUUAUCACCUUAUUGGUUUGAUAUAGCUUCUGGCACUGCUGUUCAAAACACCGUCGACAUGCAGUCACUGUUUCUUCUAACUGGACCUAACGGUGGUGGUAAAUCGAGUUUGCUCAGGUCGAUUUGCGCGGCUGCUCUGCUUGGGAUAUGCGGUUUUAUGGUUCCAGCUGAAUCAGCUUGUAUCCCUCACUUUGAUUCCAUCAUGCUGCACAUGAAGUCUUACGACAGCCCUGUGGAUGGGAAAAGCUCUUUCCAGGUGGAAAUGUCGGAGAUACGGUCUAUUCUGAGCCAGGCUACUUGGAGAAGCCUAGUGCUUAUAGAUGAGAUUUGCAGAGGGACAGAGACAGCUAAAGGGACUUGUAUUGCUGGGAGUGUGAUAGAGAGUCUUGACACAAGUGGUUGUUUGGGGAUUGUGUCUACACAUCUCCAUGGGAUCUUUAGUUUACCUCUUACAGCUAAAAACAUCGCAUACAAAGCAAUGGGAGCAGAGAAUGUGGAAGGGGAGACGAAGCCAACUUGGAAACUGACGGAUGGUGUCUGCAGAGAGAGUCUUGCGUUUGAGACAGCUAAGAGAGAGGGUGUUCCAGAGACAGUCAUACAGAGAGCAGAAGCUCUUUACCUCUCUGUUUGUGCAAAAGAAGCAUCUUCUGGAGUUUGUGUCAGGCCCAUCAAGACCGAGACUUCAAGCUCUGAGAGAAGUUCACAGAAUGACUUGGCAAAAGCUAUCGUUAAAAUCUGUGGGAAGAAGAUGAUUGAGCCUGUAGCUUUAGCAAUCGGUGCUCGAGAGCUUCCACCUCCAUCGACAGUUGGUUCCUCAUGCGUGUAUGUGAUGCUCAGACCUGAUAAGAGACUCUACAUUGGACAGACGGAUGAUCUUGAAGGACGAAUACGUUCACAUAGGGCAAAGGAAGGACUGCAAGGAUCAAGUUUCUUAUACCUUGUGGUGCAAGGCAAGAGCAUGGCUUGUCAGCUAGAGACUCUUUUGAUUAACCAGCUCCAUGAACAAGGCUACUCUCUAGCUAACUUAGCCGAUGGGAAGCACCGCAAUUUUGGGACGUCUUCAAGCUUGGCUUCUUCGUCGGAUGUAGUCAGUAUCUCCUAG